GGUGGGCAUUUCUAAAAGCAUGGCGGCUGUUGUGAAGGCACGGCGAUACCGGAAUUGCGUGCUUCGCUAUAAUUCCGACCGCGAGUGUAGCGCUUGAGUAGUUGCAUCUGAUAUUAUCAAAUAUGGACAAUCAGCAGCCUCCUAUGCAAGGUGGUGCGGAUGAUGGGGCAGCAGAAGAGGACGACGAGGAACGGCACCUGAUUGAGAAAGCCAAGCAGAUUUACCUGAAAGGGGUGUCUGCCGAGAGAGCUGGACGAAUGCAUGAUGCCAUCUCACACUACAGGAGAGCUUUACAAAUUGUCCCAGACAUUGAAUUCCGUUUUGCCAGCGACAGCGAAUGGUCAGUAGAUGAGGAAAGCAGGGGCUCAGAAACAGAGUGUGAUGAUAAUGACUCAUCCUGUGACAAUGACAACAGUGUGCCCCUUCAUCAGCGCAUCAAAAUGAGAACUUCAUCGGCUAAUGUCUGCUCUGUGGCCUUGGAACAAAAAGCUACACACAUCUCUGACCUUCCUCGGGAAGUAUUCAUGUUUAUACUGCGAUGGGUGGUCUCUUCGGACUUGGACAUUCUGUCACUUGAAGCGGUGUCAAAGUCUAUGCAGGUCUGCCGUGGCUUCUACCUCUGUGCAAGGGACCCUGAGCUUUGGCACACCGCUUGUGUCAGGACAUGGGGUGAAGAUUGCGGUCAAUUGAACCAGUACGACUCUUGGAGAGAAAUGUACAUUUGCCGACCUCGGAUCUGUUACAAUGGCGUCUACAUCAACCGAACCACCUAUGUGAGGCAUGGCGAGUCAUCGUUCCAAGACUCAAGCUAUCGUCCCUGCUUUCUAGUGGAGUACUUUAGGUACCUGCGCUUCUUUACGGAUGGAGUGGUGCUAAUGCUGACCACACCCGACAACCCAUACGUCUCCCUGGGGAAGCUGCGCUCUCGUCGACCAGCCUAUGCCUCGGUCCUACGAGGAAGCUUCUGGCUGGAAGGAACCCGGGUGAAGGCAGUGCUGAAAAAGCCUGCUAUGAAGACAUUGCGAAAUGCUGGCUGCCGACGAGGUGGCAGGCACAACAAUGAGCCAGACCAAGUCUUUCAUCUGGAGAUGGAGCUGAGAAGCGUGCGAGGCCGUGCAAAUGCACAGCUGGUGUGGACGAGCUAUGCCAUCCACAGCUACUGGCUGGGCCAGGAGACGGUGGCUACGUUUGACUUGACAACCAAUGCUUUUCCACCACUGUGGUUUUCAAGAGUCAAGAGUUUUACUUUAGUCGCAGAAUCCUCACUGUGAUCGGCACACAUUGGACAGGGGUGAAGCAUUAUGGGAGAUGCAUAGGCUUCUUAUCAUGUUGUCAAAGUAUGCUCAUCUCAGUCAUUUUACAAUAUUUUUUUCUUUCCGUAAUUUAAGAAGGCUAGGUGACAAGAAACAAACCAUAUUGGUGUUAGAAAAUGAUUGUUGCAUGUUAUAAUAAAAUUCUAAUUGUCAGAUGUUGUUCAA